AUGAUGAUAAAUAACUUAUCAGUUGACAAAUUGUUUAUAUCUUUCACAGGAAUCGAGAUAAUUAAGCUCAAAGUUGACGGUUUGGGUGGAUGGCACGGUCCAGCAAAAUGUCUGAUUGGUUGUGAUAAAGUGGUCACAAGGAACGUAAACAAUAUUGUUUAUGGAGAUGCUACCAAUCUUCCAUUCGCCGACGAAUCUUUCGAUUUUGUUCUAAACGUGGAAGCUGCUCAUCUUUACUCUGACUAUCGAAAAUUCCUCGAAGAAUGCGCUCGUGUUCUCCGGUUGGGAGGUGUUUUCUGCUAUGCUGACGUUCGCUACCCUCGUGAUGUAUCUCUAAUUAAUGAAGCAGCGAAUGCGGCUGGAUUCGAAACUAGGCAUAUCGAAUAUUGCACCGAGGAAGUUGUGGUGGGUUUGAAUCAUGUAGCGAGGAAGUACGAUGAUCUUCUUGAAAAGGCUCCAUUGUUCGUGAAGCUAUUCAAAAAAUCGUUGAGAGCAACAUAUUGUGCUCCUGGAACAGAGGCUAAUGAGAGAUUGAGAAGUCAGCAGAAAAUCUACGUGGCAGCGAUGUGGGUGAAGUUGUGA